AUGCAUCCACUAAAGAACCUAGACACUCAUAUUUUUUCUGGGGACUUCCACACUCUAGACUCCUGCCACACAGGCAAGGCACCUUUGGCCAGUCCUGUGGAAAACCGGAUGUAUCGGAGCGUGGAGAACCUUCACUGGGCAACAGUUGCUGACUCUGGGCUUUAUUCUCACUGCCGGAGCCUGGAUAAUGAGAUCAUCUUUCGCUACAGAGGCACCAGUCAGUGGACAGAAGGCUGUGUGGAUGUGGCCCCAGUACAGAGCACACCGGACUCUCUGAGAAACCUUUCCCUCCAUGCUAAACAGACAUCUCGAUCAGCACAGAAUGUGCUCCUCCCUCCCUUUGCCAAAGUGCCUCAGUGGCUUUUCCCUUCUGCAGAGGAAAGAGCCCUACAUGGGGAUGCCAAAAAAGAGCUGAAGGAGAAGCUGAGGCUGCACAGCAGUAAAGUGGCAGAGCCCUGCAAGCCAGUGCGUCCACAGGCAGCCCUGCCUGACCUGAUGGCCCGGGAGUUUUUUGAAUGCCAGAUGUGCCGGCAGUACAAGAACGGUUGUGCUGUCAGCUGCUGCACAGUUUUGGUGGAACACACUGCUCUCAGGCACAGCCUCACGGGGAGACAGAGACUGUGUUUUGCGCACAGGAUCAUCAGUCCAGAAGACAUCAAGCAGGAGGCUCAGAGGAGACUUCAGCUCCGAAGGCAGAAUAGCUCCCCCAAUCUGCCCCUUCAGCGUGCCGGGGAAAGUCAUGAGAUGGCCAAAUCCAGAACAGCAGAAACCAUGGAACAAUAUAGUGGGGAAACAGAUGUCAAAGCCACACUGGGACAGAGCAAGAAGGGCCGCUGCAAAGGGAGGCUCUACAUACCCACCUUUGAGGAAUUCAAGCAAAUGAGAAGUAAGGAGGCAAAUUCAUCUGCCAGCAGCAGUGGGCCAACAGAGUGCUUGAAUAAGGGUUUGCCUGCAAACCAGACCCUGGAGGAGAACAGUAAGAAUGUCUGUCCAGAAGCUCUGGGGACCAAAGCUGUGAAUGAAGCUGCUGUCACAGCGGAGGAUGACGACGAUGUGUUCCAUGAAAACCACACCUCUGCUGGCUUUUCCCAAUAUCCAGCGACAUCGGAUGGUUUCAGAAUGAGCAGCCCUGAGGUGAAGGACAGAACCUUCCAGAUCUCCAGCCCGGAUAGAUCCCCGGUCCCCAUUUGCUCUAGCCCUAUUCCACGAUCACCUUUGCAGGCAGUAGCAAUACACAGAGCUGGGCAGGGGAUCUUCAGUGAUGAGCAGCAGAAAGGAGAGACAAGACAGUUAAAUGAUGUCCUCCACCUUGCAGGGCAGUCGCUGGCUUCUGAAGCCCAGUCCUCUUGCUGUUCAUCGCUGCUGUUAGAAGCCACAGACUUAUCCAGCUAUGGAGCUAAACUACAAAAAAUGAAGGAUGAAUUCAUAGGUUCAGCCCUGGAACUUAUUAAGAAAAGCUGCAAUGCUGAGACUGCUGCCAAAUCCCCCUCCAAGGGACAGUGUGAUCUGAGGGAAGCUGAUAUCCCACCUCCAGAGGACAGCCGGCAGCCCGCAGCAAUGUCCAUGGCAACAGAGACCUGGGAGGACAAGCCAAACAAUGAGACAUCCAGCGACACUCCAUCUGCAGGGAAUAUCCCCAGUCCCAGCUGCCGCCGAUCCAGCUCCGACAUCGUCCAUGAGAGCACGGAUGGUGCCAAGGCCCAGCGGGAUUGUCGGCUGCGGCCACACUUCAGUGACCCUAUGCCAACAGACUCGGUGAAGAGAAAGCAGCUGGAGCUGAAGAUUGCAGCUGCAGCACGGCAGCACGCACAGAAGCGCCGGCAGGAGCGAGACUACGGUCCAGUGGUAGCAAAAGCCAACCUUGGCCAUGGUGGCAGCUUUGAUGAGACCCGCCGCGCCCCACGUGGCUCCCUCCGGUCCAGACAUCAUUGGAGCAACGUCAGCAGCCUGAGCACGGACAGCGGGAUUGUUGGUGUGAACGAUGUCCGGGACGACCUGGAUCCCAGCAAGGCCACCCGGACCAAGUCAGUGGAUGUGGAGAGGGCAGACAGUGGCAUUGGCCAGAUGCCAGCCAGAAAGUGGAGGAACAGGGCAUCUGAAACGCUGAGCUCCCUGCAGGCCUGGGAAGCCCACCGUCCCUGUACUGACUGCGGAGAAAGGGACCUCCCAAGGCGGGCGGACCUCUGCGAGAAGUGCCGCAAGCGCAGGACAGAGCGCAAGGAGUCCGUGCUGGAGUUCGUCAACACGGAGGCCAGCUAUGGAGAGGACCUGCGCAUCAUCAAAGAGGAGUUCUACCUCCCCAUGCAGGCAGCUGGGCUGCUGAGCCAGGAGCAGCUCCUGGGUAUCUUCAGCAACAUCCAGGAGCUCAUCGACCUCAACGAGAACUUCCUGGAGGUACUCCAGGAAGAGAUCGAUCAGGCCUUUGACCAGGGUGAUGAUGACCUGAUGACCGUGUGCAUCGGCGAAAUAUUUCUAGAGUUCGUCAACAUGCUGCCAGCCUUUCAGACCUACUGUCUUCAGCAGUCCUCCUCCGUGAAUAUGCUCAACGCACUGGAGAAAGAGAAGGAGUUGCUCAGAAUAUUCCUCAAUGUCUCCCAGAAUGACAACACAGCACUGCGGCGGAUGAACUUGAGGUCCUUCCUGAUGGCCCCUUUGCAAAGAGUCACCAAGUACCCACUGCUGCUCAGCAGAAUCAUCAAGGCCACCACCGAGUACCACCCAGAUCAUGGCAGCCUGCGGGAGGCCAAGAGCCGCAUCGAGUCCCACCUGGAGCACAUCAACAUGAAAACCAAGCAGGAGGGGAAUACCUGGACCCUCCGCUCCUUUCGCCAGGACAGCAAGAAGAAGAGGGAAGUCAUCAACAUCGAGAUGAGAGAAACCGCCCUCAAAACUGUAGGUUGGCUGCGGGAGGAAACGCGAUUUGUGAUGGAGGGGUCUCUGCAGCUGGCCCAGCCCCCCGACGGCCAGUGGGUGAAGAAAGGCAGCAAGACCCUGAAGUUCCAGAACAUGCAGGUCCUCCUCCUGGUGAACAUGAAGCGUGUGUCCGAGUCCAGCCUGGAGUCAGCCGAGCCAGGGCCUGUGAAGGACGCUGUGCUGGUACUCAUCAGGGACAAAAAUAAUGGGAAGUUCCAUUUGCUCAGGGAGCCCUUGAGGCUGAGUAAUUGCAUUGUCUCCACUGAUCCUGACUGCGAUGACACUUUUGAACUCAUUGAGAUCAGGCGGGAGGCGUUUGUGUUCCGGGACAGUGACCGGGCACGGACUCACCACUGGUUCAGGCAGAUCAGGCGGUACUCGAGGGAGCUGGGCUCCUGGAAGAAGCGGCGGAACGCGCUGCCCAACAUCAUGAUCAGCACCCCGCACACCAGGCCCUGA